CGAUGACAUCACAGCGCUUACGUAGAGACAGUCUCCGUGCCUUGACGCCAUGAAUCGCCAAUGUGGACCACGUCUAGACAUCAGGGUGUGAAGACAGACGCUCGGGAGGCUUGAAGGACGUUGGUUUGUUUAUUCUCACCUGUGGUUGAGUGUAAUUCCAGCAGCAUGUCCGUCUCCAGCACACCCACCAGUAAUGAUGCCUGUCUGAGCAUCGUCCACAGUCUUAUGUGCCAUCGACAGGGAGGAGAGAGCGAGUCUUUCUCCAAACGAGCGAUAGAGAGCUUGGUAAAGAAGCUAAAAGAGAAGAAGGAUGAGUUAGACUCUCUGAUCACUGCCAUCACUACGAACGGAGCUCAUCCCAGUAAAUGUGUGACUAUACAACGCACACUAGACGGUAGAUUACAGGUGGCCGGUCGUAAAGGAUUUCCUCAUGUUAUAUACGCACGGCUGUGGCGAUGGCCGGACCUGCACAAAAAUGAGCUGAAACAUGUGAAAUACUGCCAGUUUGCCUUCGACCUGAAAUGCGACAGCGUGUGCGUGAACCCAUACCACUAUGAGAGGGUCGUGUCUCCAAGCAUCGAUCUUUCUGUUCUAACGCUGGGCGGCCCAGGUCCGAGUGUCGAUCCCCUGGUGAAGGAUGAGUUCGAUGGUCAGCCGUCUCAUUCUGCAGCUGAUGGAGGUCACAGUAUUCAAACCAUCCAGCACACAGCGUCUUCCUCUGCCCCGCCCGACGCUUUCAACAGCCCCGCCCUCCUGCCGCCGACUGAUUCCACGAGCUCCGCCUCCACUUCUGCAUUCACCAGUAUGGCUGGCGGUCAAACCAAUGCCCCUAGCUCAUGGCCCAGAGGAAGCAGUUUUCCUCCCAGCAUCCCACAUCAGAACGGCCACCUGCAGCACCACCCUCCUCUUCCUCACACGGGCCAAUACUGGUCAGUACAUAAUGAACUGGCGUUCCAGCCGCCUAUAUCUACCCAUCCAGCUCCAGAUUACUGGUGCUCGAUUGCCUACUUUGAGAUGGACAUUCAGGUUGGCGAGACGUUUAAGGUGCCAUCCAACUGUCCCAUCGUGACGGUGGAUGGUUAUGUGGAUCCGUCAGGCGGAGAUCGCUUUUGUCUCGGACAGCUGAGUAACGUACACCGCACAGAGGCCAUCGAGAGAGCCAGGCUUCAUAUCGGUAAAGGUGUUCAGCUGGAGUGUAAAGGCGAGGGUGACGUGUGGGUGCGCUGUCUCAGUGAUCACGCUGUCUUUGUCCAGAGUUAUUAUCUGGACCGCGAGGCUGGACGAGCGCCGGGUGACGCCGUCCACAAGAUUUACCCCAGUGCCUACAUCAAGGUGUUUGAUCUGCGUCAGUGUCAUCGGCAGAUGCAGCAGCAGGCGGCGACGGCUCAAGCUGCGGCCGCUGCGCAGGCGGCUGCGGUGGCGGGAAACAUCCCGGGCCCGGGUUCGGUGGGAGGCAUCGCUCCUGCUAUCAGUCUGUCUGCCGCGGCCGGCAUCGGCGUGGACGACCUUCGGCGUCUCUGCAUUCUGCGCAUGAGUUUCGUGAAGGGCUGGGGUCCCGAUUACCCUCGCCAGAGCAUCAAGGAGACCCCGUGUUGGAUCGAAAUUCAUUUGCACCGUGCCCUGCAGCUCUUGGACGAGGUUCUGCACACCAUGCCUAUAGCCGACCCGCAACCUCUGGACUGAUGCUCGAACAUUUAACCCUCAACCUUGUUAUAGUGCAUAUAGCUCAAAAUGACUCCGCUGACCUCAUGACCUUCAGUAGAGUCUUCACUGAUUUGUUACGCCAUCCGGCCAAACACUGAAAACCAGCAAUACUACAAUAUAACACUAACUGAUAGAUCCACAUAGUAAAAUUUCCCUUUUUUGAAAACGAGACCUUCACUUUUGAUGUUCAAACAAGAAAUGGAAGCAGAAUAGUUGGAGUGGAGAUGUGUGGAGAUUUCAUAUUGCAUUUAAUCCAGUCAGGUGUGUACAGUGGCCACAUACACACUGCAGCGAAAUACGCACGUCACUCCUCUUCAGAGCUCAAUCCUGUUUUGUGCUCAUAAUCAUUCACACAAUACAAGCUAAACAAUAUGCAGUCGUUUGAAAAAAUUGAAUGCAACAGUUUUAUGACCAGUUUACGAGGAAAUUCGUUCAGCUUUUUCGUUCAAACCAUUUUCCUGUAAAUUAUGGCAUUAAAUUAGUUUUUUGACAAAAGGUUCAUACUAUGUAAAACGUUGCAUUCAUUAACAAUGGUUAAUAAAAUUAUGUAAACGAUUGCAUUAAAUUGUAUACAGUUAAUUUAUGCAACAAUGGUUUUACAAAUUCUUUGCAGUGAUUUGAACACAAUUUAUUUAUACAAUCCUAUUGUAAAACCAUUCCCACUUAAAUUAAUAGUAUACAAUUGAAUGCAAUCAUUUACAGAAUUUUGUAAAAUAGAAAGCAUAAUAAAAAAGAAGCUGAAUAAUUAUUUACAAAAAAAAAAAAUGUUUACAUAAUUUGCAUGGAUUUGAAUGCAAUAGUUUAUAGUUUCACAAACUAAAAGUUGUUUGAAUUGUUGAAAUGUGGCUCAUAAAUUUUUUACUGAAUGCAGGGUUCGUACAGAUACUGUAAAAUCACAUUUUUCAAGCACUGCGUUUUUGAUUUUUAGGGACUUCGAUCAGAAAUCUCACUUAUGUCUUCUAUUUCAGAUUCUUAAAUAAAGACAAAUAGAUAAAAGUAUACUAAUAAAAAAUGUCAAAAUUAAAGUGAAGCACGCACACUAAGUAAAGUAACACUACUAUAUCAUUACAAAGUAUACUACACUUUUACUAUAGUAAAACCAUGGUUAAUUUUCUUAAAGGAUUUGUAUUUGUGUAUACUGUCUUUUUUUUUUUUUUUUUUUGCAAAAUCGCACCAAAGUUCCGAUCUAAAUCAAAUGAUUCAUCCCGAUCUGAAUAAUGAUUCAUGAACCAUUCUUUCAGAUCAGGACUUGGAGCGCGGAUCGCGAAUCAUUUGACUUACGUUACAUACCACGACUCAUUUUAGUAUCCCAAAUCAUUUGAUUUGAAUCAUUCAAUUCACAAAAUGGUUCACAAACCCAUUCCGAUCUAAAUCAAAUCAUACGCGAUAAGCGUAAUGAUUCGCGAUGCGAUAUCUAACUGGAGUGUUUCGAAACAGUGAAUCAUUUUGCGAUGCAAUGGUUUAACUAAUUUGGAGUUUCGAAAAUCAAACAAAUGAUGGCGAAAUUCGAAAAUAAUUGUCUCUUUUAAUUUGAUCUGUUUUAUUUGCUAGUGAAUCACUUAAAAUGAAUGAUCAAAGUCACGAGUUUGAAUCAACUGGAGCGGUUCCAGCGUAAAUGACUUCAUCUGUUCCUCUUUUCGUGUCUUCAGCCACGUUUACACAACACUGUAUGUACUACUACUGCUUGAUUGUUUUCUGACAUUAACUGAAAUAAGCAAAAAAUUGUUUUUUUAACUGAGUGAAUUUAGCAUGACAAGAGAGGUGCUUAUUGACAAAAUUAAACACAUUGUCUUUCAAUAAUUCAAGCACUUUUCAAGUACCUCUUCAGGAAUGUUGCUAUUUUCAAGGGUUUUUCAGGCCUUAAGUUUUAAAAAGUCAAAUUCAAGUACUUAACGCACUUUAAGCACCUUGUAUGAACCCUGUAAAUGGAACAACUGAAUAGAAUUAUUUACAUUAGAAUAGUUUUACAAAUGAUUUACACAAAAUGUAUUUGCUUGCGUUUCAUAAAUGGGACAUUCUCAUAUUUACAGAAAUUAAACAGAAAUAAAUUCGGGAUCACAUUGUUGCAUUUAACAAGUUUAACGAGUUGUAUAAAAAUGUUUUGACAAACAUUAAUCAUUAUAUAAGACUAUAAACUUGUCUAAGAAUUUCUUUACAAAUUAAUUGCACCAAAAUUCUAGUUAUAAAACUGCUGCAUUCAAUGUGUCAAUUUACGGCUUUAUGUAAUUCAAUUCACAUAAUUCAUGUAUUU